AUGCCGGGCGUCCAGCCGCUGCCGUUCAUCACUGUGGACGACGCCAGCGGUGCCUUUUGCGUGAACCCCGAGGCGCGUGCGGUACUGGAAACGGUCAAGACGCGUCUCGUGGUCGUGGCGGUCGCUGGUCUCUACCGCACGGGCAAGAGCUUCCUGCUGAAUUUGCUGGCGCAACACGCCGCCCGCACAGACGUCGCAGACUUGACACGUCCAAGCGGGUUUGCGGUCGGUCGUACCGUCAAUGCGUGUACCAAAGGCAUUUGGAUGUGGGGCCACCCCAUUGCUCUGGACAAGGACACGAGCGUGUUGUUCUUGGACACGGAAGGACUCGGCAGCGUGGACCGCGCUCAGACACACGAUACGCGCAUUUUUGCUCUCGCGCUGCUCCUGGCGUCUAAUUUCGUGUACAACAGUCGCGGAGUCAUUGAUGGCAACGCGCUGGACGACCUCUCCCUGGUCGUGAACUUGUCCAAGCACAUUCAGACGUCUUCGACGUCGCCAGCAACAGCCACCACACCAAUGGCGUCGUCAGGUGUCGACGCUGCGAGCGCUGGCGAUCGUUUGCACGAGUUUUUCCCGACGUUCAUGUGGGUCGUGCGUGACUUUACGCUGCAGCUGCUGGACAAUGGCAAGCGUAUAUCGUCCAAGCAGUAUCUGGAGAAUGCGCUGGAGCCAACCGGAGGUCUGAGCGAUGAUGCUGUGCGGAAAGAUGAGAUUCGAGCGCUCUUGAGCAGCUUCUUCCGACAACGCGAUUGCGUCACGUUGGUGCGGCCUGUGGAUGACGAAGAGAAGCUUCGGAAUUUGCCGCAGGUACCGUACGACGAGCUGAGAGACGAGUUUCGAGCUAGUUUCGAAGCUCUAUGCAAGAGACUGUUUGGCAAAGCCAAGCCCAAGACAAUGUUCGGCAAGCCACUGAACGGAGCCAUGCUGGUCAAUUUGGCGGGAUCGUAUGUCGAGGCGCUGAAUAGUGGCAAGGCGCCGGUGAUCUCUAGCGCCUGGAGUCGUGUCAUGCAGGCACAAUGUCAGAAUGCACUUGAAGACGCUGUGGAGUGCUACAAGGCUGAGAUGCUCGCACGAGUGCGUACUUAUGUGUCAGCUGAACAGUACGAAAACGAUGCCGGCUUCGAAGAUGCCGGUGACGAGAACGAUGCCUCGAAUGAUGAGCUUGAAGCGAUAGACAGCGGACAGGGAAGCAACGCCAUGUUUGAUGAACACGGAAACCUGCAAAGCGUAGUUUUGCCAUCGGGAUUGGCGAUGCCGGAUGGCAUAGGCGAAGGCGAAAAUCCAACGAUUUCGCAGAGUGAGCUCAUGGAUGCCAGUGCAAAAGAAAAUAGCACGGGAGCCGAGGUUUUUGUACGCAGGGUGGAACGCACACGAUUGCCUUGUGCUGAGAGUAGACUGCACAUUGUGCAUCGUUUGUGCAAGCAGUUGGCCAAGAAAAAACUGCGCGAUAUCGUCAAUGAAGACAUGGGCAACGAAGCUGAAGCUGGAGGCGAUGACGAUUACAUGGCUCAAUUUCGCUUGGCGGUAGCUGCCGAGCUCAAUGCGUACCGCCAGCAGAAUGCAGCGGCAUCAAUGGCAUACUGCAGGCACGUACUGGACGAUUUGGGUCGGCCAGGAGCUGAGUACCUGGCACAUCCGGAGCGACACAGGCAAAAAUCGUCCGCGGAACUUUUUCGUGAAACGCAGACCUUUUUGCAAGACGAUUUGGAUGUGUUGCAUAAGGAGUAUUUUGGUCGCGCUGCGGGCCCAUCAGCCGAUGCUGCGUAUUGCGAAUACGUUAGCCAGCGUGUCUUGUCCCAAACAAUUCAGCGCACAGAGAACACGAAUGCAGCCCAUAUGACAGAGGUGCGCGCACUUGAGAAGCAGAUGAAUGACCUGAGCGUGAAAGUAGCAGUGGCGCAGGGACAAGCAGGUGCGAUGCAGGAGCUCUCUGCUCAGCAACAGCAGAAGUGUGAGCUGGGAGUGAAGGAAGCCGAGCAACGUUGUGCAGCCGAGCUCGCAGGAUUGCGCUCGACGCUGGAGUUCAAGACGAAUGAACUGGAGCACAUUUUAAGCCAUAACGCCACUAUGAAGCGCUUGGCAGAUACAGCGCAACAGGGUCAGUACCGUGCGACAGAGUUCGCAUCUUCGGCUUUUGCUCAAGUCCUGUGUGGGUACCUGAUCAAGCAGUACGUGGCAUCUAGUGCUAGUGGAUCAGCACGCGCCAAGUGGCAGCAGCGGUACUUUGUGCUGGAAGGACCGCAGCUAAGCUUUUACGAUACCAAAGAGGACUAUGAGCGUUGCCGCUCGGUCAAUCCGCCCAUGGAUGUCACUGGUGCGACUAUUGAAGACAAUUGUGCUGUGCCUGAAGCUUUUGGUGUCUCUUUUCGCAACGACGAGUACUAUCCGCUGCAGCUCCACGCCAAGUCACGCGAAGUCAAGCAGCAAUGGGUGCGCAGUCUUCGUGCUGCUGCAGCUGGUCGAGCAGCUGCACGGGGAGCUUCGGUGAGCCAGGUUUCUUUGAGUUCGUCGAUGGAUUCUUAUGCCUUUGGUGACACGAGCGACUCGACCUCGUCAGCUGGGUACCGAAGCGAAAAGACGGCAGCUACUCCAGGUCACACGGAAUCGGCAUCCCCGGUCUACCGAGCUGGAACGAAAUACGUAGAUGGAAACUCGUCUUCGGAGCUCUACGGACCCAAAGGUGGAGGUGGUGGUAGCCGAUACAUGCAGAUGUAA